ACAAAAAACACACACGGGCUUGCAAAAGCUGGAGUGCUCGAGGGCGCCUAUUCAGAUCAACAGAAAUGGAUAUGGAUGAGCAGGAAGGCAUAAAUGAGGAACUGAUUGAGUUUGCCCUUCAAGAGAGCCUCCAAGAUGCCUACAAGCUGCCAUAUUCUAAAACAAACAGGAAGGAACCAAACAGUGAAGACUUUACGAAGAUAAUGGAAGCCAUUCACAAAGGUGAUGUGUAUGCUCUGCAGGAGCUGUCAGGUGUGUCUGCCUUCAGAGAGAGCGACAGCAGGGGCCGGCUGCCUCUGCACGCAGCAGCUGCGCAGCCGCGGCAAGACGUCUUGCAUGCGGUGCUGCAGGCAGUGUUGACGUCCACAGACCUGACCCUGGAGGAGCAGACAGGGGACGGGGACACGUCUCUGACUCUGGCAGCAGAGGCCGGCCUGCUGGAAAACGUCAAGAUGCUGCUGCAGCAUGGAACCUCACCACACAACACCAACAGCAGGAACGAGUCUCCUCUGCUGAUUGCAGUGAGACAGAAAUCAUACAACAUGGUUUUAUCCCUCAUCAUGAGUGGGGCCUUUGUGGAGCAGGUGUGUCUCACUAAGUGGACGGCCAUGCAUGAAGCUGCAAAGGUGGGUUGUCCAGCUAUUCUGAUGCUGCUGCUGCGACACGGAGCCAAAGUAACUGCCAGAGACGGUCAUGGGGUGACUCCUCUGGGGAUUGCAGCUGAGCAUGGCAACGCCGAAGCUUUAGAUAUACUCAUACAGCAUGGUGGUGACGUGAAUGCCCAGGCCAGAAAUGGAGACACAGUCCUGUAUGAUGCAGCUGGAUCUGGAAACCUGGACUGCAUCGAGCUGCUCCUGGAGCACGGAGCCAACCCGAAUGUGGCCAGCUACGCCUGCCAGCUGCCCAUCCACAGGGCCGCAUAUGAGGGACACAUACUAGCCCUGAGGACUCUCAUCCCCAUCACCACAAAGAGAGCUAUCCGUCUCUCAGGCCAGGACCCGGUCCACUCAGCAGCUGAUGGGGGACAGGUUGAGUGUCUGGAGCUGCUAAUCCAGAAGGGAUACGAUGUCAAUGCCUUGCUAGACACGCACAUCUCUGAGAACUACAGCGACCUUAGGAAGUCUCCUCUGUACUUUGCCGUUUCCAAUGGUGAUGUAACCUGUGCCGAGAUGUUGCUGGCUGCUGGAGCAAGGACUGACCUGGACCCACUGCGAUGCAUCCUGGUUGCAAUACGCGCAGAGAGGUAUGAGCUGGUGCAGCUGUUGCUGUCCUACGGUGCAGAGGUGAAUUGUUAUUUUAGAGCGAUCAGCAACACACUGUUCCCCACAGCCCUGCAGUACAGCCUGAGGGACCCCGUCAUGAUGAGACUACUGCUCAACAAUGGAUAUCACGCUUACAAGUGUUUCCAGUGUUGCCAUGGUGACGGUGUAGAAAUGGAUAGCACCUGGACUGAACUCCAUAACCAAGCCUACCAGAUUUACAGCCAACCUAACGCCAUCACAUUCUGUGAGUUUGUAUCUGUGUCGUGGCUGACACAUCUGGUUGGCAGUGUUGUAAGGAUGCUCCUGGACUAUGUCAGCCUUGUCAACAUCUGUCCCAAGCUCAAACGCAUCCUAAAGAGGAGGCCAGAGUGGGAUGAGAUUUUGGGCAUAAUGAGCAGGCCAAGGUCUCUGCAGCACUUGUGUCGACUAAUAAUCAGAGGUCACAUGAGCCUCAGGAUGCUGAAUGACCCUAAAGCCAUGGCUGACAUCCCCUUUCCUCCAAGACUGAAGAACUAUGUGACCUACAGAGACUACGACCUGUAUGGUGACCUCUCGCUGACGUGAAACACAUUUCAUUUGACUCUGUGUGAUUGAAACACAAAAGAAAAUGCACAAGUCACUCUUUUAAAAUACACCAAAUGGGAAUAUAUUUUCUCUUAAACUCUCUUUUCUAUUUAAUUUCCUAAGUUUUGCAUAGUAUCAGCUUGUGUGGUUGACUGUGUUGCCAUAGCGGUCUCUUUCUGUUCCUGUCUAAUACAAUAUCAUUAAUGCUUGUAUUCUAGACUACAUUGCAAAUGUGUUUGACGUCUCACAACACAGGUGUUUUCACUUCUUGCUGAUUAGACCUCAGGUCAAGGAUAAGUGCAUGUAAGGGCAGGGACUUGUAUGAGGUUGCCAAACCACAGCAACUCAUCAGAAUGACUUCAGUCUAAGUUUUCCUGCCCUAAAAGGUGCAACCGAGCGCGAUCAAGCACAAUGCACACGCCCACACGGUCCUGAGAAGAGGUCCAAUCAGGCAGGUUAAGUGGAAACACCUGUGUGGGUGGACAACAUUAUUCUCACUUUGUGCCGGCUUCAAGUGUACACAUUGUGUAUAGUCAAUAUGGGGUUUGAAAAGGAAAAUCAUUAUAGUAUUGUUACUUAACUUACUUAACUUAUAUAACAUGAAUUUGUUAGUGUGUUUUGUUUUUUUGUAAUAAACCAUGAUAUAAAAAAAAAAUACACUUUUGUAACCUGUGUUUAGAUCUGUAUCUUGGAGCUUACUGACUAAAGUGGAAUUAAAUCACCAAAGCAGCAA